AUGGAGGGGACGCAGGUGGUGUCGGCCACGGUGUUGCUCAACAUGCCGUGGUCGUUCAAGAUUUUCUACGGCUUGAUCACGGAUUGCGUCCCUAUUUGGGGUUUCCGCCGUCGUCCGUUCAUGGUUAUCGGUUGGACGCUGUGUUUCAUCAUGCUGGUCGCUAUGGCCUGCAUGGAUGCGGGCGCGCCAUACUACCCGGACAACAAGUACGCUACGAUGGAGGAGGAAGAGCUCACACCCGAGAUUGUCGCCACUUUCAACGAGUCAGCGCACCACGUAGGCGGGAAGUUCGUCGCGAUGAUGAUGAUCGCCGCUGUCGGCUACGUUGGAGCGGAUGUGGCAGCAGACGCCAUGAUGGUGGAGAUUGCUCAACGCGAACCGGAGGCUACGCGCGGGUACACGCAGACGACGAUCUACUUGGUGCGCACGGCUUUCGUGACCAUGUCGAGUAUCAUCACAGGCUUCGCGUUCAACGGGACGCACUACGGAGGAGACUUUGACUUCUCGCUGAGCUUCCCACAACUGAUGGCUAUCCUGAGCGUGUGCUGCUUCCCAGUGAUCCCGCUUUCGUGGUACUGCAUCCGGGAAGAGCCUCACCCGGGCGUCAUUUUCCGGGACUAUCUUGCCGAGCUGUGGCACCUCAUCCAGCUGCGCCCCAUGUACCAGGUCAUCGCGUACAAGUACUUCUCCGGCAUCUGCGAGAACUUUACCAUCACGUGCGCCGACCCGAUGCAGUCAUACUGGGCGGGGGUCACUCCUCUUAACCAGAAAGUCAUGGCUAUCGUCGGCAACGGCGUGUUUGCUCUCGCACUGUACUACACAGGCAAGUACGGCCUGCGCUGGAACUGGCGGACAAUGCACACCAUUGCGCUCACUUCCGUUACGAUCAUGGACUUCGCAGUGACCAUGCUUACGACCUGGGAUGUUAUUCGUAAUCAGUGGUUCUGGCUGGGCGUGCCCGUAGCAGAAGCGCUUCCCAACGGUAUCUCCUUCGUCAUCGCCACUUUCGUCAUGGUGGAGUUGGCUGGAGAAGGCAACGAAGGCGCAGUGUACGGUCUGGUCGGGUCGAUCUCCAACAUCGCCAUCCCUCUUGCCAGCACAUUCACCAAGAACGUCAACAGCCACUUCGAUGUGACCAAUGCCGACAUCGUCGAAGACUCGCACCAUGUCCGCUGGGAGGUGACGUACGUCCUCUUGAUCCGGUACUCAUUGAAUCUGGCGGGGCUGCUCUUCUUGCCGCUGCUGCCGCGUCAGAAAGCGGAGACACAGCAGCUCAAACUGAACGGUGGAUCCAGUCGAGCUUUUGGUAUCGUGACUCUCCUGUACUUCGCACUCUCGUUGUGCUGGACGGUCAUGGUAAACGUCAUGAGUGUUUACCCGACCACUUCGUGCCUGCCGAUUGGAGGGGGUCCUGGAUGUGAUGGCGGUAGCAGCGAUAUACAUUAG